GGGCUGAACGUAAACAUUCUCGUGCUCUUGCGCUCAGAGAGAGGAACUAAGAGCGCGGGGACAGCGAAAGCUCCUCAUUGCGCAUUGUGCAUUAAUAGAGCAUUGAAGAUAAACGUGGGGUGGACUCCGUGAAAGGAAGAAAUGUGAGUUCCAGGACUCAGUGAGAAACGUUUUGGAGGUUCUCGGGACAAGAGAGAAGUUUGCGAAGGAACAACUUCUGCUAACCAUCCACAUCAAGUAACGAUAACGCGCGAUUAAGUUCUGCGUGGAAUUUGUGUUAUCGUCACAUAAAGUUGUUUUUAAGGAGAACCAACAUUUUUUAUAUUUAUGUGGUCCUUUAUUUUUUGAUCUCCUCAUUGCCAUUUCGGAAAAAGACAUUAAAUAUAAUGGAACGCAUUGGAACAUUGUAGAAACAACUUUCAUGCAUAAUGUGGAUUUCUACGUCGAAGGUAUUUCUUUCUCCUUUUGCUUAUAAUACAAGGAGUUUUUGAAGGAUAUAUUUUACUGUCUUUGGCGGACCAAAUCAAAAUACCAGGCAUACUUUUCCAGUUUGAAUAAUUCAUGAAAUAGAGCGUGCCUUCGAGGGCUGGAAAAAAGUUACGACAAUACGGGGAGGGGGAAUAAUAAGUAGAUUUGUUCGAAGUGGUGAAGGGGGAUGGCCACAGCGGCUUCCAAUCCUUACCUGGCCAGCAAUAGUAUUCUCUCAUCAGCCUCGAUCUUGCACUCGGAGUCCGGAGGUGGUGGCAUGCAGCCGGGAAGUGUUGCCGUAACCUCGGUGUCGGGCGGCUACAGAGGAGACCCCGCGGUCAAGAUGGUGCAGAGCGAUUUCAUGCAGGGAGCCAUGACGGCCAGUAACGGGGGGCACAUGCUAAGCCAUGCCCAUCAGUGGGUUACCUCACUGCCACACGCCGCUGCCGCGGCCGCCGCAGCAGCAGCCGCCGCGGCUGCAGAAGCCGGCUCCCCUUGGUCCUCCAGUCCUGUUGGCAUGGCUGGUAGCCCACAACAACAAGAUGUCAAGAACAAUUCCAACAGGGAAGACCUACACUCGGGUACCGCGCUGCACCACAGACCCUCUCAUCUAGGUGUUCACCAGUCCCAUCAAAGCGCGUGGGGUGGCACCACAGUCUCGCACAUCUCCACCAUCACCGGGGGGCAGCAGCAGUCCCAGCAGUCUCUCAUUUAUUCCCAGCCGGGUGGUGGUUUCACGGUAAACGGGAUGUUGAACCCUUCCGGGGGUUUAGUCCACCCGGGGCUGAUGCGAGGAGAUUCUCCCGACAUGGAACACGGGAGCCACCAUCAUCACCACCACCAUCACCAUCAGCAGCACCCUCACCACCCUCACCACCAGCAUCACUCGGGAGUGAACAGCCACGACUCGCACUCCGACGAGGACACGCCGACCUCUGACGACCUGGAGCAGUUUGCCAAACAGUUUAAACAGCGUCGGAUCAAACUGGGUUUUACUCAGGCCGAUGUCGGUUUAGCACUUGGAACACUUUACGGAAAUGUUUUCUCCCAGACCACUAUUUGCAGGUUCGAGGCUCUGCAGCUGAGCUUUAAAAACAUGUGUAAACUCAAGCCGCUGUUGAACAAGUGGCUGGAGGAGGCCGAUUCCACCACGGGCAGUCCCACCAGCAUCGACAAAAUAGCAGCUCAAGGCAGGAAAAGAAAGAAGCGCACCUCCAUCGAGGUAAGCGUCAAGGGGGCAUUGGAGAGCCAUUUUUUGAAAUGCCCCAAACCGCCGGCACAGGAGAUCUCCAGCCUGGCAGACAACCUACAGCUGGAAAAAGAGGUCGUUCGGGUCUGGUUCUGCAACCGAAGGCAGAAGGAGAAGAGGAUGACGCCGCCCGGAGUCCCUCAGACGCCCGAGGACGUGUACACCCAUGCCGGCAACGUGAGUGCAGACACACCGCCGCCGUCCAUGGACUGCAAACGAGAGUUUUGUGGUAGAUUACUUAAAAGGUGCAAGUUUGAAAGAUGAACCGGACAACCACAACGUGACAACCACGAACACCUAUGGCCAGGAGAUUCUGGUGCACUGACAACGAAGUCGUAACAAAUCCAAACCCAACAAAGACUUUAUGGAUUCCCUUUAGGGACGGACAUGGAUCAAUGCAGACAAACAUUAAAUAUUAAACAGCGGAAGAAUUUACCCCAGGACACGUAUCAAUUUUACGCGCAGGAAUUAUAUUACUCGUUUUAACAAAAAGGAAUUGUCCUGUCUAUACUCUUGGAGCAUUAUGUGCAACAAACUACACCUUUUCUAUCUCAUAGUAUUUUUGUGGACCACACUUAUGUGAAUAGCUUUUACACAGAGAAAACUCUUCAGAAAAAAUAAGGAAAAAAGAAAAAAAAGAUGCUUUAAAAAAGUUACUCUGAAGCUGCACUUAUUUUCCAAUUUCAGCCUACCCCCUCUAAACACUUUUUUGUUGUUGUUUGGCUGAAUGAUCGUGGAUAUUGCCCUCUCUUAACUGUCUUUGCUAAGGCAGACAUUUUUGUGGGUUUUGAUAACACGUCUAUGUAAAUUUGGCAAUAUAAAUUCUCUGUGUUGAUUUAAAUGACUUGCUUUAUAUUUUUCACUAAAAUCAAUCUUUCAACUAUUUUCAGGUGCGAAGAGAGAUUUGUUGCGCGCUGUGAUGACUUUAUAGUAGCAUCUCUUGUAGGCCUUCCCCUUUGCCAUUUUUAAUACUGAUUAUAUUUUAUACUGUUAGUAUCACACUUGUUAUUAUAUACAGAUAUUGUACACAAACACGUUGACAAAGCUGAAACAAACCGUUGUCAAACCCCCGUUUCCCCCGUUGGUGUUAUUUAAGUUCAGUACUGACUCAGCGAGAGGUGAAUGAGAAUAAUAAAUCUGAUAGCUCUCAGAUGAAAGUGUGUAACUGCUUUCUUU